UUUCUUGGAAGAAAAGCCAGCCCAGAACAAAACAGCCUCGUCGCGAUUCGAUCUUCUUCCUAAUCAAAUUGGUUUCUCUUUGGAAUUCAGCGGCGGUUGUUUCUUUUUAUUCGAAAUCUCCAUGGCUAAGCAGCAGGCAAAUUGGUCUCCGUACGACAACAAUGGGGGAACGGUCGUCGCGAUCGCUGGAGCUGAUUACUGUGUGAUUGCGGCCGAUACUCGGAUGUCCACUGGCUACAAUAUUCUUACUCGCGAUUACUCCAAAAUUACUCAGCUAGCUGGUAAGGCUCUGAUGGCCUCUUCAGGAUUUCAGGCUGAUGUGAGAGCUCUGCAGAAGGUCUUGGCUGCAAGACACUUGAUAUAUCAGCACCAACAUAACAAACAGAUGAGCUGUCCUGGAAUGGCUCAAUUGCUAUCUAACACAUUGUACUACAAACGCUUCUUCCCAUAUUAUGCGUUCAAUGUAUUGGGUGGCCUUGACAGUGAGGGUAAGGGCUGUGUCUUCACUUAUGAUGCUGUGGGAUCUUAUGAAAGGGUCGGAUACAGCUCCCAAGGCUCUGGUGCUACACUCAUCACUCCCUUUUUGGACAACCAACUGAAGUCUCCCAGUCCUCUCUUAUUACCUGCAAAGGAUGCAGUGACUCCACUCUCGGAGUUGGAAGCUAUUGACUUGGUGAAAACUUGUUUUGCAUCAGCUACAGAAAGAGACAUAUACACUGGAGACAAGCUGGAGAUCGUCGUACUGAACUCUGGUGGAAUACGGCGCGAGUAUGUAGAACUCAGGAAAGAUUGAGCUCCCGUAACUUUAGUGUUUUAUUUCACCCCAACUUUUCUUGAAACGGGAGAUAAGACAGCAUAUUCAGGUCUGCUGUAAUUCACAAAAUUCCUCAUCUUCUCAGGGAAUUGCAGGUGUGGCCUUUUUGUUUAUUUGCAACAGGUCGCUGCUUAUGCUUGAAUCUUAGUAUAUCUAUGAAUUACUUGUUGACAAUGGCGUGCUGUUACAAUUUUAAUGAAUCGCUCUUAUGAACCUUCA